AAUGACAUAUAAAAUCCUAAAAUAACGUAAAUUUAAAUUUUUGGUUAUCUGAAAUUAGUUUAAAACAAAUAAUCCACAAAGCAUGUAUGUAGAUCGUGCAUAUUGGCAGCUGCUCAAAUGGCACAGUGAUUUGAUAAUGUUUUCCCAUUGAGGGCUUUAUGUUUUGUAUCAUAUUCAGUGUAGCAGAAUUAGCAAAUCUAACGUGUUUGUUGUCUAAUAUACCGGAUUUUGGAAACAUGGAUCAAAAAAUUCAGACAGUAUUAGACGGUCGAAAUCCGGAAGAAUUCACUGAGGUAAAUCUUGACAAUUCUGCUGGUCCAUCGAAGCUUCAACUUCUGCAACAGUUUUGUAAUGUUGAACAUCUCAGUUUGAAAAAUUGUUCAAUUGCUAAUUUAAAGGGUUUUCCUAAGCUACCAAAUUUAAAAAAGUUGGAUCUGAGUUCCAAUAAGAUCUCAAGUACUCUUUUUUUCUUGAAUGGUUGUCCACAGUUGACUUAUUUGGACUUGAGUAAUAAUAAAAUCAAAGAUAUUAUUGCGCUCAAAGCAUUAGGAAAGCUGAAAAAAUUGCAGUCUCUUAAAUUUGUCGGUUGCGAAAUUACCCAAGUUCCAGAAUAUAGAAAAAGAGUUUUUCAUAUUGUUAAAAAUUUAAAAAAUCUAGAUGGACAAGUCAAAACUGCAGAAGAUGCUGAAGAUCCAAAAAUAGAUUUGACUAAUGCUGGGAAUGAUCCUUUGAAUGGAAGUAGCCAGAAAAAGCCUAAAAAAAGAAAAUCAAAGGGUGGCGAUCCUCCCCCCAAGAAAUUGAAAGUUAUAUUACCUCAGAAAAAUGCAUUAAUGCAACUGAAUGAAUUAAAACCAGGAUUAAAAUAUGUAGUGGAAUCUGUUUCUGGACCAGCUCAUAAUCCUCAGUUUAUUGUAUCAGUUGAAGUUAAUGGAACCAAAUAUGUUGGCCAUGGUACUUCAAAACAACUAGCUAAACAUGCUGCUGCUCAGUUGGCUUUAGCAUCAUUUGUCCAAUUUAGAAAUACACCAGAGGCAUUGACAGCAAUUAAUAACCCUGUGGUUCAAAUAGACUUCACAUCUGACGAAAAAAAUGAUGGAUUUUCUUUCAACAAACCUGAAUCACACAAAAAUGGAUCUGAUCUUCAAAUUAAUAUGGAUAAUACUGGAAAUAACAUUCCUAAAAAUUCUUUAAAAAUCCUGUCCGAUGCAUCUAAGAAGAAUCCUGUUAUGCUUUUAAAUGAAAUUCAUCCAGGCUUAGAAUAUAAACUUGUCGAUGAAAAUUCUACUAUUCCCAGUCAGCGUUUUCGCAUGAAAGUAGAAGUUGAUGGAGUUACAUUUGAAGGUACAGGCCCAAAUAAAAAGCAGGCUAAAGCAUCAGCUGCACGUUCUGUUAUGUCUAACUUAUAUAAAGUGUCCUAUAAUACAUAUGGUUUAUCUUUAUUAGCUCCAAAUUCAAUUGAUGCAGAUCUCUUUAAUUUUCCUCAGCAUGUGGCUGAUAGAAUAUCACAUAUUCUGUCAAAUACAUUUAAUGAGGUAAUGACAGGAAAUGUGGAACAUGCAAAGUGGAAGGUCAUAGCUGGAAUAGCAAUGACAACAGAUGAAGCCAUGGAAGACAUAAAGAUUGUUAGCAUAGGAACAGGCACCAAAUGUAUUAAUGGAGAGCAUAUAAGUAUGGUUGGUGCUAAUUUAAAUGACUGCCAUGCUGAAAUAAUAUCUCGCAGAUGUCUUAAGGACUUCUUCUACACUAAUCUUGAAAUGCAUCUGGAGGGCGAGGAAAAUAAGUCAAUAUUUAUUAAGACAGAAAGUGGUGGAUUUCAGUUGAAGCCAAAUAUCAAAUUUCAUUUAUAUAUCAGUACCGCACCUUGUGGGGAUGCACGCAUCUUUUGCCCUCAUGAGGAAGGAGCUAUAGAAUCAAUGGAUCGUCAUCCCAAUCGUAAUUCUCGUGGCGCCUUACGUACCAAAAUUGAAUCUGGCGAAGGAACUAUACCUAUUAGAUCUGGACAAGGUAUUCAGACUUGGGAUGGAAUUCUUCCUGGGCAAGAGCGUUUAUUGACAAUGUCUUGUUCAGAUAAAAUAGCAUCUUGGAAUGUUCUGGGACUUCAAGGGGCUCUAUUAAGUCAUUUUAUUGAACCAAUUUACCUUGACAGUGUGAUAUUGGGUGGAUUGUUUCAUCCUAGUCACUUGAAACGUGCCCUUUUUGGACGUAUUGAGAACUCAAUUAAAGAAUUACCAUCUCUUUUCAAACUAAAUAAGCCCAAAAUGUGUCCGACUAGUAGUCCAGAAACGAGGCAUUUGGCAAAAUCUCCUAAUUUUAGUGUUAACUGGACAUCUGGACUUGGACGUGCUGAAGUUGUCAAUGCAACUACUGGUAAAAUGGAAAGUGGACAAGUUUCUCGACUAUCAAAGAGAUCUUUCUUCCAGCGUUUUUUAAAUAUAUAUGAUCGGUUACCACACAUAAUAAACUAUGAAACUCCUAAACCUGGGUUAUAUGCUUUGUAUAAAAAUGUUGUUCAACACUACCAGGUUGCUAAAAGAGUUCUUACAUCAGCUUUUUCAGAUGCUGGUCUUGGGAACUGGGUGAAAAAACCCAUUGAACAAAAUGAAUUUGAACUUUUAUUUUAAAAUCAUUUUACAUUUUUCAUACUGUUUUAGAAAUUCAACUUUUAGUUUUUGAAAUAUUGUUAUAAUUGUAUACAUAGACAUGUGUAAGUUGUAGAUUUGUGUUGUAAAUACUUGCUGUGAAUCAUUAUAGAAAAAGCAUACUAAAAAUUUCCAUAUUUUAUUAUUUAAUGAAAGAAGAUUCCAUUAUAUUAACAAGGAACAAGUAGCAAUUGCUCUUAAAAUUGGAAAUCCUUUCUGAAUGUAGAGGUUUUGCCAUUAAUAUAUUACAUGCAUGAAAAAUUUGCAUUCUGUGAAAUUAACUUUCUGGGAAAAAAUCUAUACUUCUUAAAUUUAAACAAUAUCUAUAAUUUAAUUGUAAAUAUUGUUAUUAUUAAGAGGUGAAAAUGAAAUCAAUAUUAAUUGAAGAAAAAAUUGAUUUCUGCUUAAUGGGCAAGUACCUCAUAGGUUUUUUUUAAAAAUUAACAUUUAUUGCAAUUUGUACAAUAUGAUACAGCUUUGAAAAGUUUCAUGGUCAGUACUGCAGAGUUUUUCUAUGACUCUUAUAAGAGGUUCUGUAUUUUCUUUGCAAAACUAGUCAAUUCCUAUGUCUUUUUUUUUUGUUUAGCAUUUUAUUUUUUUGUCAAAUUUAUCUUCUUUGAUAUCACUCUUGGCAGGUAUUACAAGAUUCAUCAAAUUGUCCAUUAUUUCUCAUUCAGUUCAUUGACUUCUUCCACAUCUGAAAAUAUUUUGUUAUCAAUUACUUAUGUUGAAUUUAUUUGAUACUGUUUUUAUUUGAUUAAAAAAAAUUCUUUUAACAUGUUGAAAGUUUCUGGCCAAAGGUAACAUAAAUUUGUAAUUUUAUUUAAAUUAAACUUUUUCUUUCAUGCAAUAUGUAUAUUUUUUUCUUGAAAGUAUACUUAAAUUUGCCAUAUAUCUAAGAAGUAAAGAGGUAAAAAUGGCACAAAAUGCUCUAAAAAUGUUUUUUAAAAAAAAUUACUCAUGUAAAAUUAUUUUAUU